CUUAGGACACGGUCUCCUUUGCAAAGGAUCUCUUAGUACAACAUACAGUACAUGAACACAUACGAAUAUUUUCCCCUUCCAGGAAAGAAGAGAAAGAGAAAGAGGAAAAAGACUGCGAUCUCCAGAGUGCUAUAGUGAUUUUUCAUGUAAUCAAUACUGUAAAAUAUCCCCAGGUCUUUCUGCUGGACUGUAACUCGGAGGACAGCUGAUCAGUUUGCGGCAUGUGUACUUCACCUGCGGGGAAGGCAGGCACCGGGCAGCAGCCCGUGGCACGGUGAUAACCCUGCUCUGAUGCCAUUUCGGAUGUCCCAGUGAGAACUCUUAGAGAUGCCUAUUCUCUCCGGAGGCAGUGACCAAGACUAUAGUAACAUUAGCUACGCUUCUUGUAAUUCCUUGAGCCACUUCUUUCCCGUCUCCGUUGAAACCCCUUCAGUCAAAGGGGUCCAUUACCAAAGAGCCAGGAGGAUUUACCAUCCUGAUCAAGUCUCUGCAGUCGAUCUAAAAACAGAGAUCAUGAUCAAUGUUGGAGGCAUCAAGUACCUGCUACCUUGGAGUACUUUAGAUGAAUUUCCCCUGACCAGACUGAGCAAACUUAAGUUUUGCAGCAGCUAUGAAGAAAUAAUUCAGCUGUGUGACGAUUACGAUGAAGACACCCAUGAGUUCUUCUUUGACAGGAACCCCAAUGCUUUUGGGAUGAUCGUCAGCUUUCUAGCAGCAGGGAAGCUGAUGCUCUUAAGAGACAUGUGUGCCUUGUCUUUUCAGGAGGAGCUGAGAUACUGGGGGAUUGAGGAAUCCAACCUGGAGAACUGCUGCUUUCGAAAACUAUUUCAAAAACUUCAAGAGUUAGCCGAGGUACGCAAAGAAGAGGAGCUCCGGAGGAGCAAAGAAGCUGCAUGUGUCUUGGAUGAGAAAACCAAAUUUGGACAGUUUAUGAACAGACUCAGAGACAUGGUAGAAAAUCCCCAGUCAGGACUCCCAGGCAAAGUCUUUGCUUGUCUCUCCAUUCUCUUUGUGGCCACCACAGCUAUAAGCCUUUGUGUUAGCACAAUGCCAGACUUAAGAGCUGAAGAAGACAGGGGUGAGUGUUCCCAGAAGUGCUAUUACAUCUUCAUCAUAGAGACCAUCUGCGUGGCUUGGUUUUCCCUGGAGUUCUGCCUCCGAUUCAUUCAGGCAAGGAGCAAGUGUCAGUUCUUCAAAGGACCUCUAAAUAUCAUUGACUUCUUGGCUAUUUCACCCUAUUACAUUUCCCUCAUCUUCUCAGAGGAUGACUCGAAUGAGGAGGACGACAGGCCAAGCAGCAACACAUAUUUGGAGAAGGUUGGUUUGGUGCUACGGGUUUUACGUGCCUUGAGGAUCUUGUACGUAAUGCGCCUUGCCCGACACUCCUUGGGCUUGCAGACUUUGGGCCUCACAGUUCGGAGAUGCACACGGGAAUUUGGCCUGCUUUUACUCUUCUUGUGCGUGGCUGUCACUCUGUUUUCUCCUUUGGUCUAUCUCGCUGAGAAUGAAUCCGGGAAGGUGCUUGAGUUUACAAGCAUACCUGCUUCUUACUGGUGGGCUAUCAUUUCAAUGACCACUGUGGGGUAUGGAGAUAUGGUACCACGGAGCGUCCCCGGCCAGAUGGUGGCUCUGAGCAGCAUCCUCAGUGGCAUUCUCAUCAUGUCUUUUCCUGCAACAUCAAUAUUCCACACUUUUUCCCACUCCUACUCGGAGUUGAGAAAGGAACACGAACGAUUGCAGUCUCGGUUAAACAGAGUCAAAAAUGCCAAUCACUCUGGUGAAAGCGACACCUUCAAUGAGACAGACAGCUUGAUCCUGGAGGAUCAAGCAUCACCAAUCAAAUACAUUUACACAGGGAACUAA